AUGGCAGACGCAACACUCCUCGACAAAGUCCACGACUUGAGCGACUUGGAACUUGCAGCGCUGAUCUGCCUCGUUGCCCAAGAGCACUGUAUCAUUGAUACAGAACCUGAUGCUCUUGAUGAUUUAGUUCAGGAGCUCGAACUAGUAGCAUCAAAGGUCUUCGGCGUGACCCACGCUGUCAUAGAUUGCUCCGAACACACUUCUCUUGAUGACUUCGCCCACGCAAUCCUCUCUGUAGAAGCAAUUCCGACUCGGUCGAACUCACCCGUGAGAACUCGACAAGACUAUUUCCUACACUCGCCUGCAUUUGGGUCCAUGUCACGUUCGCCAGUUACGGAUAGCUUUGGAGACAACAAAACGAUUGCAAAUGUAAUAAUCGCCAAGAACCUCGAUGAAGCUCCACGGCAAGUUCAAAUACAGGCAUUGGAACUUAUGAGAACGAAGCGGAUAUACACCAGGACUUCUGUACAGAAUGCGCCGAAGCGGUUCUUGUUCAUCGCGUUAUUGGCAGGUGGCGAAGGUCCUAGGUUGACGAAGCACCUGAAUGACUACAUGUUCAUCUCGCACUUCCAUGACCCAGAGGAUGGUUUCCCGAACCUGGAAGAUAUAUAUGAUGAUGGGAGUUCAAUUUCUUCUGUUGUUAAGAAAAGUCCUUCCCAGGAACCGGAUGUUACCUCUGACGCGAGGAUAUCUGCAGCUGAUAUCGAGCAUCUGACUGAGUUGAGUCACCAUACUACAGUCUGCGUGGAAGUCAAACAAUAUCAACAAAACAUUAUUUCGUUCCUGCGGCUCCACCGUGCUGUAGCUGGAGGCAUCUCGGCCCCUGCAACAAAGCAUUUUGACAAGUUGGCUAGAUGCCUCGCUCCUCUCCACGAUUUAUCUUAUGCAACACCGUCACUCGUUUCUCUCGCAGCCAGGAAAAUAUAUCUGCAUCGUGUCCAAAUUGUGAAGCCGGAAAAGGAACGCAGCAUGCAAUGGGGGAGUGACCUUGAUGCCGUGGCAACCUUGUUGGAAGGAAUCGGAGCCGAGGAUGUCAUUGAAGAUGUUCUUGGAACCGCGGGAGCUGAAACUCCUUUGUAG